CGAGACGCUUCCUCCGCCAUCGGCGAGGCCCAAAUAGCACUAGAGAAGAUCACCGGCCACGAGACCACCACGAGUCCACGACUACUUGAGGAUGGCGAGCCCAACAACAAUGGUGGGAGUGGCAACCUCGGCGCAUCUCCACACCACCACCACCGGCCGCCUCAGCUGCGCCUGUGCACCACCGACGAGGGGAACAAGGCGGCGGCGGCUCGCGGUGGCGGUGCGGGUGCGGGUGCGGGUGCGGGCGUCGGCGUCGGAGGCGAUGGCGACGGAGAAGCUCGGCGUCCGUGUGGAGCGCAACCCGCCCGAGUCCCGCCUCUCCGAGCUCGGCGUCCGCGAGUGGCCCAAGUGGGGGUGCGAGAAGAGCAAGUUCCCGUGGACGUACUCGGCCAAGGAGACGUGCUACCUGCUGCAGGGGAAGGUGAAGGUGUUCCCGGACGGCGCCGGCGAGGAUUUCGUGGAGAUCGCGGCGGGGGACCUGGUGGUGUUCCCCAAGGGGAUGAGCUGCACCUGGGACGUCGCCGAGGCCGUCGACAAGCACUACAAGUUCGAGUAGAUUUGGGGAUUUGGCACGCCAAUCGAUUUCAGCCAUAUGACAUGGCGAUGGUUUGUGCUUCUGCUAUCUUCUACUAGUAACUUAGCUCGUGCUCUUAUGCGUUAUAUGCUCCAGUUGUUGUGGAUCAUCUCCUGCAAAUGAAAUAAAACUUGAUUAGUGGAUUAAAAUGAUGGGAUUAGUGGUA